AACCUAAGCUCAUUCUACAGUUCGUUGAAAAUUUCUUACGAUCACUUUAUCUCUCUUGAAUCCCUCAUCUUCUCACCGAUUCAAACCCUAAACCUCAUCGGACCUUCAAAUUCAAUCUCUACAAGCAUCCACAGCUCAAUGUUCUCACGAUUUUUCCUAGGUGAGUUAGCUUAAUGGAAGUGUGAUGCCAGAUCACUGUAUAUAUGCUGGAGUUACAUACAGUUUUUGAAAGUACAUCUGCAAGAAAGUGAGAAAUCUUUCGUUUUAGCCUCAAAUCGUGGGGCUUACAUCAUUAAUGCCUGGCAACGGAGUUGGGGAUAGGGUUCACAAUUUCUUUGCGCAAGAAAACUUGCGAUCACAGGAUGGGAAUUGGCCUAUAAACGACAAUCUGUGGGUCGGUAAUCAGAAACAGUUUGGUGUGUCAGAUUCCAGUCCAGGAAACUACAAUUCUCAACAAUCAGAAACUGAGAGAGGACACAGUGGUCAACGUGUUUCGGACCCACAUAUCUUCAACACCACUCAAACAAAUGCGAGGCCUGAGUCUGCUAGAAAUAUGUCUCAGUCUCACCAUGAACAACCGAGCUUAAACGGCUACAUGUAUGGACGCCAAAAUUUUCAAACGAGGCCAGAUGAAGCAAAUUUUAUGGGAGUGAAUAGAGAAUACGGUCAAAAUAACGUGAACCAAAGGGGGUUUCCAUUCUUUGAGGCCCAACAAGAACCUGUUCCUGAACAACCUCCAAAGAAUCCGUUUAGACCCGAGAGUUCUGAAGCUCAUGGUAGUCUUGACCUUUUUGGUGGUCAACAUCAGACCAAUAGUCAAUAUCCUGGUUUACUACAACAACAGCAGUCAGGAUUUGGCGACAUACAGCAACUUCAACAGCAACUUAUGCUCAGAAAAAUGCAAGAACUUCAACGGCAACAAAACUCGUUAAACCAAGCUUCUCAAUUCGCUAGACAACAGGGGACUGGAAGCCAUACACAUGGGCUUGUUAAUGGCACACCGACUUCUAAUUCGUCCGGUUAUGGUUGGACCGAGCCUGCAGCAGUUAACCCAAACUGGUCACACCGUGCUUCACCAUCGAUGCACCCUGAACAGGGUCAGCCACAGCGGUCCAUGGGGUUUGUUCAGCAGCAGGUUGAACCAUCGUUAUAUGGGGUUCCUGUUUCUAGCUCAAGAGGAUCUAUAAAUCAGUUUCCUCAUAACAAUUAUGCUGUAAUUCCGGAGCAGAAUAUGGUCCCCAAUAAAGGUUUGUUUGGGAAUGCGUUUGGUCAAGGGUCAAACCGUGGGAUGAAGAUGGAACACAUUCAGCAACAAAUUGGCCUACAAAAUCUAUCUGCGCAGGAAUCCCCUGUAGAGAUGGUGCAGGAUAAGUCAGCUGCGGAUGCAGCUUCUUUAGACCCCGAGGAGGAGAAAUUCUUGUUUGGUUCAGAUGAUAACGAAAACGUGACUGGAGGAAUGUCUAGUUUGUUGGAUGAUAACGAAAUUGCAAGUGGUUUGCCUUCUAUGCAGAGUGGUAGCUGGAGCGCCCUUAUGCAAUCUGCAGUGGCGGAAACUACUAGCGGUGAGGGUGGCGGUGGUGUAGGCGUACAAGAAGAAUGGCCCGAUCUUAAUUUUCAGAACCCCGUACUGGAACCUGCCAACCAUGAAACACAAACAGGUUCAAGUGAUAUCAGCGUACUACGUAAUAUAAAUGAUACGCAUCAUAGCAACAUGGGGUUCCAACAUUCUUUAGGACUAAAUGAAAGUUCUGCGCCAGGUCAGCGUACACCUCAGCAGCAUGGAGCAAGCCAACCGAAUAAUAAAAGAAAUCAAUUCAAUGCAAAUGAGCCCGUUCCGUCAUCUGUGAAAACUGGAUUCAACAUGAAUGAUACCGAGAGUUCGUUACAGCAAUCUCAGAAUAAUGACUGGAAGAGAGUAAACACUGCUGGUGUACCAAGUUUAAGCAAUGUGCAGCAGGGUGGUAAUCAUUCCAACCAAUUCUCUCCGAACAAUAUUAAUUACUGGAAACAUGUUGAUUCUUCUGGGAAAUCUAAAGGGAGUGAGAAUUCCGAGAUUUCACAACAUCGUCUGAAUAAUAAGGGCCCACAGAUAUCUGAAUCAUCGUUCAAUAGCUCAGAUAAAGAGGAUCUAAAUAGCAGUAGAAAGGAGAACUCUAACGACAGCUACAGGUCCAGUUCAUCUCACCAUCCUAAUACAGUUGGUCAACGGGAACAAUUUUCAUCAGAUGCUGGAACAAAACAGAGUUUAUUUAAUCAGGCAGGUAGGAUGAUUUCGGGCCCAGGCCCACGGAAAUUUCAGUAUCAUCCAAUGGGAAACCUGGAUGAAGAUGUUGGAGUGUCUUACGGAACAAGACAAGGUACCGGUACAAAGUCUGUGCCCCUGCAGCAUUCUCGAGGGUUAGGAAGUCAAGAUCAUGGAAGUUUUGGACUUAACAAAACUGGUGGCCAGGGUUUUGGGCCUGAGGUUGAAGGUGCCCUGAAAGGAUCUGAUGAUACGCGUUUCAAAGGCAUGAUUCCUGGUCACGUGUCUAAUAUGUUUGCUCCCCAUGACAGAUCUGUAGGUUUAUCCGCAUUAGAUAAGGCAUCUCAACCUAGUCAAAAUAUGCUGGAGCUUCUUCACAAGGUGGAUCAAUCAAAGGACGGUGGAGUACUAAGGCAUAUGAACUCAUUGGAACGUAAUGUUUCAUCUGAGAUCCCCGAACCAGAAAAUUCCGAUGGAUCUUUUGGUGGUCAUCAAAGAAGUCAAUCAUCCAACUCUCAGGGUAUUGGUUUACAGCUUGGCCCACCUUCACAGCGGUUACCAAUGACUAUGCAGGCGGUCAAACCUAAUUCCUUGAGUCAAUCUCAGCUGUCUGCUAAUUCAAGGGGCAAGGGUCAUGCUGAGCUGUCUGCGUUUCCUCCGUUCCAGGAACAAUUUAAGAAUGAUAGAAUGAGUAUAUCAGGUCAAAUUGAAAGUCAACCCGCUGGACAUAAGAUGAUGACAAACUUAUCUGCUGCUUUAGGUGGUACUGAUUUUAAUAAUGUAAGAAAUCAGUUUCAAAGCCAUUCAACGGCCAGUAAUGAAUCUUUCAAUGGACAUGCUCCUCAUUCUCGUGUUUCUCAACAAGGUGCAUUUCCGAAAAUGUUGCCUAAUGCAUUGUCAAACGUCCAAAGUCAACAACUUUUUUCAGCAACUCAAGCUCACAAAAGUCAAUUAAAUAUUGUGGAAUCAGCUUCUUUAGGUAAGCAGAAUCUAGAGGAACAAGAAGCAGAAAAGAAGGGGAAUAGAAGUUCGUUGAGUGCACAGGGGUUUAUUACUUCUGUGGGCGAGCAGUCAACUGGUCAAACGAUGAAUGGACCAGCAGCAGGCAGUGAUCCUGUUAAUACUGCAUCUCAGAAAGAUCUUGAAGCGUUUGGUCGUUCUCUUAAACCAAAUAAUUUUCAUCAACAAAUCUCGCUACUGAACCAAAUGAAGGCUUUUAAACAUACAGAUACUGACCCAAAUAACAGGGUAAUGAAGAGAUUGAAAGACUCAGAUAACUUAUUGCCUGGUCAGCAAGUGCCAACAGAUAAUGUUGACCGGAGUCUAGCUUCUCUACCUGCUAACCCACCUUCAAAAGAUGCACUUGCGUCUCAUCAGAACUCUCACAUAAGUCCUCAAAUGGCUCCGUCAUGGUUUGAUCAAUAUGGAACAUUCAAAGGUGGUCAAAUGUUGUCACAAAGAGCUGAUGCUGUAAAAACUGUGGAACCGCCGUUUAAAGGUUCUGGUAGUUUGGAGACGACACAGGAUGCAAAGGAGCCGCCAGCGAGUGGUUCAGCUGAUAACAGUCAGGGUGGUGUUAUCUGGAAAACCCCAUUGGUUCCAUCAUCUGUGGUGGUUGACCACCAGUUGAUCUCCCCGCCACUGAAAACAGCUGUUCAAAGUUUGGUUACCGUGAGUGCAAAGAAACGCAAGUGGUCUAGAGAUGAUAUUCAUUCUUGGCUCAAGGAAGUAUCUGGGAGUUCUAAAAUUGUCCGAGACAUCUGCACUGCUUCUAUGGAAUGGUGUCAAGCAACCAACCGGUUGAUGGAAAAGGUGGAAGAUGAUGGGGCGUUAGUUGAAUAUGUACCUAGACCAAAGAGACGUAUUAUCUUUUCAACACAGUUAAUGCAACAACUGUUUCCCCCUCCCCCGUCCACUCUUCUUUCAGCAGAUGCUACUUUAAACUAUGAAAGUAUGGCUUUUUAUGCUGCUCGAUUGGCACUCGGAGAUGCAUGCAAUUUAGUAUCAUGUGGUUCUCCUAGCAAAUCAAAUCUCCUCUCUGAUAAAAGCAGUGAUUCCGAGAGAAGCGAUGAUAAACGCCUUUCAGAAGCCGUAGAAGACUGCAUGAGUAAAUUAAAAAGGGUAGAAAAUGAUUUUUCAAGGUUGGAUCAGAAAGCAUCAAUCUUGGAUUUGAGAGUGGAAUGUCAGGAGUUAGAGAAAUUUUCGAUCAUUAACCGUUUCGCUAAAUUUCAUGGAAGGGGGCAAGCAGACGGUGAAGCUUCAUCGUCCGAUACAGUUGCAAACACACCAAAGCCUUUCCCUCAAAGAUAUGUUAUUGCAGUCCAAUUGCCCAAAAAUCUUCCCGAGAGGGUACAAUGCCUAUCACUGUAAAAAAAUCUUCAACUAUUCGCGUCCCGCGUCAAUUUUGUUGCACGUAGAACCGUUGCUGACGUGCACCAUGGGACCCACCAUUUAUGGAAAAAGCAGUAGGGCAAAGUAAUUAUAAUAUAGGUUGGAAAAUGAUGAUGGUGGUGAUGAUGAUAUUGUGGGUUUAGGUUGCAUAUUCUUGAGAAAUAGGUGGAGUUGGAAUUUUGUUUGGGGUGGGGGGUAAAUGUGGAACUGAAAAGGGUAGGCAAUUAGUUAGCAAGGUUCCUUUUAUAAGUAGAUAAAAAUGUUGACUUAAAUAUCUCCAUGAGUUUUAAUGGAUCAAAUAUGUAUUUUGAUGGGUUAUUCAUUGUUAUCUGCCUAAAAUAUAUAUUUAUCUGUCAAGAGUUCCCAA